ACCGUCGGCCAUUCAUUCGUAGCCCGAGUGUCGACGGUAGUGUUUGCCAUCCAUUCCCCCCCACCCGCGACGGUGUCAAUCGUUUUUCUUCCACCAAGUGUGUGUGUCCGUGUUGUAGCUUCGUACCGCGUUCGCGUUACACGUUACACGAUAUUCAGGAGGCAACGAGAGCAAGCAGGGCAGGACCAUUACUAGCUGGCGUUAGGAGCGCUAGACAAAACAAUAGCGAUCGAGCGAGCCCGCGCGCGCGCGUGUGUGUGUGUGUGUCGACGGUGACUUAGCGAAAGCAAAAAGCCUUAGCCCGCCUUUGCUCUGGCACGACGAGCGAUCCUGUUCGAUCCGGUGGCUUACAAUCGCAGUGUUGCGUAGUGUUGAGCCCUCCUUCUCUCUCUCUCGCUGGACACAGUCACAGUCACGGUGUAAUCUGCCGUGCGAUCCUCCGCAGUAGCCAUCGACGAGUAGCGGCGCCCCGUUGACGUCACGUUACCAGUAGCAGCAACAGCAGCAGCAGCAGCUUCCACACGUAUCAAAUCGAUGCCUACUACUGUGCUAGUGUGUGGAGCGUUUGAUUGUUGAGCACGAAUCAACGGACGACGGCACCCACGGCACACAUACAGCGCGUUUAAUGUCCACCCUUGGUGCAAUUCGUCUAUCAUCGUCGUCCAAGCAUCAGUGUGAAAGCAGCAUCCGCAAGCUGGCGGUAACGACCCGUAGUAGUACGGCCAUUAUUAUUAGCAGCAAUAUCAUCGACGGUUGUGGAGCGACAGUAGCGUGGUGUUAGUGUACCGAUCAUACAACCGAAUUAAAAAAAGGGACAUCAUCGUGCAGCUUCAUCUGGAACCUGCUGGUACCCAUCAUACAAAGGCGUAAUUGAGUGUGUGUGUGCGUGAUUCGUUUCGAGUGAGAUCAGCAGUGUGGGCCAGUGCAGUGCCAGUAGGCCACCGAACAAAUCCGCCAAAAGCAACAACAAAAAAGCAAAGGAAACCAGCCCCGCUGCAGUUCCCCGCCGCGGUUGUUCUAGGCACGACGGCUCCGCCGGCAGCUACGCAGCUACGCAGCGUCCCUAUGUUGGGGUUCGGCGAAAAGGUGAACCUUUCCGAGUUAAUGUUGCUAAAUGUGCUGAUAAAACAUCUCACAAACUCAAACAUUACAUAACACGCGGCGCGCACCGGACGCUGGUGUGAGUGUGUGUGUUGGCAAUAUACAAAAAAAAGGUUUGAUUUUUGAGUUUUUCGUGUGCGCGUGUCGCGGAUUGCCUGGCCUGGGUGAUUGUGACCGCUGUACCAACGGUGACGGAGAAUAGAUUUUUCGUCUAUGCUAGCGAAACAGGCGGCAUAGCGAGCAGCGAACAGAGCGUGUGCUUGAGCGAGAGAGCGAGAGAGCGAGAGACAGAGAGUCCAACCCGCACGAACCAGCAAGAACGAGAGAGAGAGAGAGGCAGAGAGUGAGAAAGAGAGGGAGACAAAAGAGCGAUCAAGAAAGCGAAAGAGCGAGAUAGUUUCGAGCAGAAAGGGCGGACGGAGGGACACAGGAGCACGCGUCUGGACCGAAGGAAAGAUCAAUUGUGUGUGCGGAACGGUACGAUCGAGAUCACCGGUGUGUGUGUGUGUGUGUCGAAGGGAAAGCACCCCGCUCCCCUCCCGUCGCAGAAGCAAUUAGAGCGUAGGUUGACUUACGCUCGUCCCGCAGAAGAAGGCUACUUCGAAAACACCGCCUGACCGACGACCGGGACGUCGGCAGCCGAAAACCCAAACCGGCGCUGAAGGCGAAGGCUUGAACGGUCUAGCAUACCACCCCACCACCCCCCUUUCUGCAGGAAGUUGCUUCAUCAUCAAGCCCGCCCGCGAGAAAGGCGCAAAAGGGCGCACAAGACAGCGAACGACCCUAACGACCCUCCCGGUGGUGGAGCUCCCGCGCUUGAAGUAAGACAAGGAAGCGGCAGAAGUUUGUACCGCGUGCAAGCUACUUGGAAAAGCUAGCAAAAGAAGAAAGAAGCGAGCUACGAACGGAGCGCGACAAAGAGCGAAAGAGAGAGAGAGAGACAUUUGUGUGUGAAACAGACGGACUCUUCCAGCACGAGGAAGCAUCGCAGCAAGCGGGAGGAAAAUUCGAUUGGACACUUGCGGGAUUCGUAUUGGUGUGUGCGCAAUUUUCUCAUCGAGGCAGUACCAGGCGCACCACCGCCGCCACCAACCGCCAACCGCCAACCGCCAACCGUCACGCCAGCGUUUGAAACAAAGAAACACAACCCCAGCCAACGGCUUGCUUCCAGUCUGUUAGUGUCUGUGUGUGUUUGUGUGUGAGCAAAGUUUCCCGGUUGCAAAGAUUUGCGGAAAAGCAUCCCCCUUCAGCCCCGAAAGGCACGUUAGAAACGCCAUGAUGAACGUGAAGCAUUUGCUGAUGCUGGCCGUGUGCCUGCUGCCGGCGCUGCUCGUUACCCCCGGUAGCGGGCGGGCCGUCGUCCUGGACCCGGACACAGCCCUCGGUGCGUCCGCGUCCGCCUCGUCGUCGUCCUCCUCCUCCUCCGGCACGGUGGUUUCGUCGGCCGAGGGCAGUGUGCGCGGAGGAGACGGGGGCCGUGCGAUAAGACCGACGUUUGUGAAAAUUACCGCCGCACCGCCGGCCCGCGUCGCCCAAAUCCGUGGCACCACCGUCGAGCUGGAGUGCGAAAUAAUGGGCUCGCCGACGCCCACCGUCCAGUGGGUGCACGGUAGCGGACAGACAGCUGAUUGGGAAGAUAUCAGCGUGAACGUCAUCUCGGAGGAUACGCCGACGUCGGUGGCGCGCGUCGUAACGCGGCUGGUGAUUGACCGGGCGUCCCGCGCCUCCCAGACCACCUUCACCUGCAUUGGGCGGGCGGCCGGGCAGGAGGUCAGCUCGUCCACCGUCGUGUACCACGUGGACAGUGUGGCGCAUCUCGGCAACUACUCCGAUGUGCCGCUGCUGCGCCCGGUUGCGGCCGUCGACACGAUGUUCAAAAAUCUGAAGGGCGCCCGCAUCACGCUCCACUACAAGACGCUGUUCGAGAACAUGGGCUCGACCGUGGUGCUGCCGUGCAAGGCGGUCGGCCGGCCGCUGCCCGAGAUUACCUGGCUGAACGAGGAGGGCAAUGUGGUGGGCAGCCUGCAGGAUGCGCGGUUCCGCACGCUCCCGACCGGCGAGCUGAUCAUUACCGGGCUGCGGUGGGCCGACAUGGGCUCGUACACGUGCGUCGCGAAGAACGUGCUGGCGAAGGAUGAGUCGGAAACGUUCGUGUACCCGAUACGGCCCAACUAAGGUGCAGCCUACCAAACACACACACACAUACACCCCUCCACGACCCCCAGGGAAAACCCGGAACAAUCUUCCAUGCGGCUCCCGUACCCGGAUGUAACGGACACAUGGAUGGAAACUUACAAAAUACAAGCUGAGAAGGAAGGGUAGGAGAGAGAGGCUAGAAUAAUGGAAUGAAAAGAAAAAAACAGAAGAAAAAGCAAAAAAAAAACAAACGGAUGCGUACGGUAUUUGCAGAAUAGCUGCAACAAAGCAAAGGAACAAAAAACAAACUUAUGCCAUAUACUUAACUUAUUUAAAGUUGUUUGUGCACUAUUAGAAUCCAAACCAGCGGAGAAGAUAGAGAGAGAGAGAGAGAGAGUGGGGUGGAGCAGCGCAUUAGCUUAUACUAAACCAACCAACCAAUCAAUGUUAGACAGCACACCAACUUAACGCACCAGAAAUGCGCAUGGGAAGGAAGGGGGUGAUGGUGGGAGAAGGGAGGAAUGUACAUCUCCAAUGGUUCUUCCACCAUCCCUUGCUUCCAGCGCAUCCAGGAUGCAUUCACUAACUUUAACUUAUUUAACAUAUACCUCCUAUUUGAUGUAACGAGAACAUAUUCAAAGUGUGUGUUUGUGUGUGUGUCUUUGUAGGCGUGUGUGUAUGUGUGUGUGCAUGUACACCAAGAGAACAUGUAAAUCACAAACUCUGCAGCACGAAUGCUCUCUAUCUAUAGGCUUUUAGUGGCGAUACCGAGUUGAAAUAGGUACUCCCCUCCCUUCCCCAAAUCUGGAAGGCAUGCCAUCGUCACCCUCUGUGCCACGACUGCCAUUGGUGAUCAGUUUUUUUGGGAACCGGGAGGGUAGACGGAAUAGACACACGUUGCAAAUACCAGAAAUCAACCAACCACCACCACCAACUAUGUACAUAUAGAAAUACCUUUUCCGUCUUCAUGUCAAUCGCUGUUACAUGUUGAUAUGCGUACACAUGCACACAUACAUACACACCCAUACGCACACACACACACACACACAUACACAGAUAAAACGUACGCACGGGCCGGGUAGGCUACCGUGACUACAAUUACCACUUAGGAGAUAGGGCCCCUAGCUAGCUAUUUGGUGGCACACAGGAACCACGGUACAAAGUGCAGCACGUUGUUUUGCGGGUGGCUUGUUUGCUUCGUGCUUGAGUGGUAAAAAACCCGCAACCCCCCACACGAGGGCAACGACGGUUUCAGGGACACCGUCACCAACACUCCCUGACCGCCCCACGAAGAGUGCACGUAAAUGUGUGUUCCCUUUACUCGGUGCGGUGCA